AGGGAGUACACGUAUACACCAAAAUCACCGCAAAUCUUUAAGCAGUGUAUGUACCUUGGAAAGGAGUCAAGCGAACGUGAGUUUAUAACUAGGUAGGUAAAUCCAAGGAACGAAAGAAAAGGAAAAAGAGGGAAGAGGAAGAGGAAGAGGAAAAGUAGAGAAAGAGUAAACAUAGGGGAGGGGGAGGGGAGGAGGGGUGAGCUAACAUACGGUAAUCUACUCAUGAUUUCUUUCUGUCUAGAUGCUUUUUUAAUGAGCGCCCUUUUUAUAGCUUCUUCUUGCUGGAGCGUGAGUGGGAGAUGUAUGGUGGAUCAUCGUAAAGACGCGUUGAUGAAAGGUUCUUGGUAUUAUACACUGCACUCGAUAUCAGUACCUACAAGUUAUAAUUGUAGGUUCGGUUGGCGUGAUUUAGAUACAAACCUCAAUGGUCACCAUAUCCAGGGGAGCUUGGGAGGGCAGUGAGGUAUUGCGAAUCCUCAUUUUCAAAAGCAAAGAGAUGUCAUUAGUCUGUACGGGAUAUAUGAUACUCAUAAACGAUGAUCC